AUGUUAAAGAAAAGAUUGUUUUAUUUAAGUCAGAAGAAAGUAUUUAAUGACAAUAACGAAAUCAUAUUCGAUAAAUUACAUAAAAAUGAUUCCAGAAUAAGCUCAUUUUUUGUUAAAUUGAAAUCAAAAAAGGAAAGAACACGCUCCAAUCAAAUAUUAGUAGAAGGCUGGCGUUUGAUUGUUGAUGGCUUGGAAGCAAAAUGUGAUUUAAGCUAUAUUUUAUUUAGCCGGAGCGAAGAUUUGAAUAAUUUGAGACCAUUUUUACCAAAAACUGGAGUGGAAAUAUUUAAAGUCUCCUAUAAAGAAAUGGAACUAUUCUCAAAUGUAGAGACAUGUCCUGGAAUAUUAGGAGUAUUCAAUAUGCCAUCUCCUGAUAAGAUAAGAAGGUUAGGGAAACCACUGCCUCUUCAGUUUCUAUGUGAUAAUAUCCGAGUCCCAGGAAACCUUGGUGCUAUUCUUCGUGCAGCUGUUGGUGUUGGCUGUGACAAAGUUUUGUUAAGCAAAGGUUGUGUUGAUAUUUGGGAACCAAAAGUAAUUAGAAGUGCUGCUGGAGCACACUUCAGGCUCCCCAUAUAUCCUUCAAUAGAAUGGGAUGACAUACCAAACCAUUUGCCCGAUAACACCUCCCUUUUUAUUGCUGAUAGUAAUUAUGACUUUUCUAAAAAUGAUACAGAAGAACAUAUUCAAUCUCAAGGUACACAAAUACCUGUUGCACCGUAUUAUGGUGUUAAUUUUAGUACUUUAGAUCAUAUUACACUCGUAAUAGGAGGAGAGACAGAAGGUAUAAGUGAAAUGAGCUACAGGUUAGGAGCAAUGAAAAAUGGCUUAAGAUUAAAUAUUCCGAUGCAGAAAGGAGUUGACAGCCUAAAUACAGGGAUGGCGGCUGCUGUUAUUGCAUUUGAAAUACGUAAACAGCUGGUACAAGCAGCUGCAAAAACAAAAAUAGAAGGACUUGCUGCUAAU